AUGAUUGAGGAGCUUCUCUGUGUGGAUUUGAACAUCUCAACUGAAGAUUCCGGAAUUCUGUCGGCCCUCCACUUAGGCCUCCAACCAGAUGCCACAGAUACAUCAUACGCCCAUAUCAUUCAGCAUUGGCCCUACCAGUCUGACCCCGUCCCCAAUAGUGUGGAGUUGAAUAAGCACGUCUACAAUGAGCGACGUGGCAAGAGGCUGCGCAGAUGUUGCGUGGAUAAUGCACGAUUAAAGGAAACGGACAUGUCAUUUGACAAGAUCAUCAUGGGAUAUUUCACAUCUUCUCACGACGACAACAGUCACGAAUUCAUUAUCAAGCCCGAGUUCGAUGACAGGAAACGAUCGUCACUGUUGUGUAAUAUAACGCUGAAGGAACUAAACUACUAUCAUCCCAUGUUCAUCUAG